AUGCUGGUGGCAGAGGCCAACAGCAGUGGAGUGAGGAUGUGUGUGAAGCAGGAUUUGGAUGGGAGACCAGAACACUUGGCAGGCAAAAGGAUGAUGGAUAAAAUGAUGUGGGGUAGGAGGAAGCUGCAAUGGCAAAUGGGUAUGAAGGGAUGCAACUGGAACUUAAAUGUGUGGCAAUAUUAUCUAAUGGGGAACAAAGUUGUAGGGUCUGAUUCUGACAAUCAAUCCAAUCUCUGUCAAAUUCCACCAACAUUGCCAUCAAACAGAAAUGAUGGUACAGGCACAAGCAUGGUGGAUGAAGAUGCUGCAGAGGCAGUACCAUUGCUGGAUUCCCAGUGGCAGAUUGCCAGAUGCCAAGUGGCUGAGGGUAACACCUGCCAGCCAAUUGCCAUCAGCAAGGAACCAUCAAAUGCCUUGCAGCAGGUUGAGGGCGGCAUCACAAGCCCUGUGCAACCUGUGCCUGACACCCACCACAUUGAUUUGCCUGAUUCAGUCCACCUGGCAGAUCCUUUGGCAGUGCCAACAACUAUCAGGAGAGACCAUAAACAGGAAGAUUCAAAGCACAAGUUGCCCAUUCCAUUGAUGAGUCAGUACUUGUGCUGUGGUCACUGA